UAUAGGGUUUAGUUAAGCUGCUCGGGAAAAUGAAAUAUAGAAGGAAGGAAAACCAUCCCUAGUUAUGUGCCCGUCGAAUCUCCCGUUUUUAGUCGAGUGAACCAUUUUUGGAGAUGGACACUGAAUCAGAUCAUCCCGAAGCCUUAGCCAGAAGGCACAAAUGUCCUGCAUGCUUUAAACAAUUUAAGAGAAAGGAGCAUCUUAUUGAGCACAUGAAGUUCUCGUAUCACUCAGUUCAUGAGCCAAAGUGUGUUGUUUGUCAAAAGCACUGCAAAUCUUAUGAAUCUCUUCGUGAACAUCUUACUGGUCAAAGGGCAAAAGCAUAUUGUUCAAGGAUUUUCUCUGAUCUAGGCUGUAGUCUUUGUUUGAAAUUAUUUGAAAAUCCUGAUUCCCUUACCAAGCAUAAAGAAGGAUGCUGCCUCUCUGCACCUGCUCCAUCUGGAAUAGCAAUGUCUCGUGCGGAAUCUCAGCAGAUAAUUUCAGGCUUAGUUGUUAAGAAUCACACUGGCAGAGGCCAUGGUGCAGUAGCCAUUGACUGUGAAAUGGUUAGUGCUGGCUCAGUCAACCUUUGUGCUAGGGUCUGUCUCAUUGACGGAGAUGAGAAUGUAAUUUUCCAUACUUAUGUUCAACCUCGAAUUCCUGUCACAGAUUAUAGAUAUGAUGUAACUGGGUUAACUGAGGAACAUCUAAAAGAUGCCAUGGGACUAAAUGAAGUACGGGAUACCAUUUUUGAAAUUUUGUUCAAUGGAGAGUCUGUUGAGAAGCUAAGGUUGGAUGGUGGAAAUGCUAGACUUCUUGUGGGUCAUGACCUAGGCCAUGAUUUAGAUUGCUUAAGAAUGAACUACCCUGAGCACAUGCUGAGGGAUACUGCAAAAUACCAACCAUUGAUGAAGACGAAUCUGGUUAGCCACUCGCUUAAAUAUCUCACCAGAACAUAUCUAGGGUAUGAGAUUCAGUCCGGGUUGCAUGACCCAUACGAGGAUUGUGUAGCAGUGAUGAGAUUAUACAAAAGAUUUAGUUGCCAACCUGAUCAUGUGGGAGAAAUGGGAACUCAAAAUAUUACCGGCGGUUUGGUUUCAUAUGGGUCAAAGGAGCUUAUGAAGAUGAGCCCAAGUGAGCUCUAUGAGAUGUCAAGAUCAAACUAUAGAUGUUGGUGCCAGGAUUCAAGAAAAAUUAAUAUUCAAGAAAGAGAUUAAUGGUGGUUUGAAGUUUUUCUUUUUUAAAUAUUAUCUAUCGUUGUUAAUCUUUGUAACAAAUUAUGUUUUAGAUUUGGAUUAGAAAAGGGGACUCUCUCUGAUGCCUAUCUUCAAUCGACAUGAUGACUUGACUUGGGCCAAAUUCAAAUUAAAGGUACUUUUAGAAUUUA